AUGAAGUACUUCACAUUGUUCAUUACAAUUUCUUUGCUCUUUUUAAUUUAUACAAUGGUGAUAUAUUUAUUUAACAACACAGUCACUAAUUUUUCGAGAAAUUCAGUGGAUUAUUACAUCAACUUUUUAAACGAACAAGAACCUAAAAUUAGUUACUCGCAAAACGAAAUUCUCAAGCAUAAUACAAUUUAUUGUCAGUCCCACAAUAUUUCAAAUGACAAAGUAAACAACACUUCUGUAAACUCUUUUUACAUCAACCUUAACUGGGAUACAGAAGGUAAAAACGACAAUAAUGAAGACAUUAGUAAAUUACAUAAUUCACUUAAUACUCAAUAUCGACUCACAAAGCCUCGAAAAAGUGUUCCAGUAGACUUCUCAAAAAGUAUUGAAGGUCUUCCAGAUGAAUGUGGAGGGCAUUUGGAUGCGCUUUGGCUUUGGGUCAAUGGGAGUGAAGAGAAGUGGGUUGAAAGUGUCAAGAAAUACAAGCCGGACUAUGACUCAGCACGAUUCAGAGAUUACAACACACUUUUGUACUCGAUGAGAAGUGUAUAUAAAUACGCGCCGUACAUCAAGAGAUACUUUUUGGCAACAGCAGACCAAGUCCCAAGUUACUUGAAUGCGCCACUUGGAGAGACUUCUUUUAUUCUGAAAAGUCACAAUACAAAUCAGAGUAAAUACUCACAUGCAAAACAACACAAAGAGAGUGUGGAGGACGUCUAUAACAAUCACAGAGACAAAGAUCUGUAUACACUUGAAUUGGUGUCACACUCCGAAUUUGUCGAUAACAAGAGUCUUCCAUUGUUCAACUCAGACGCACUCGAAAGUCGAAUUCAUCACAUCAAAAAUCUUGGAAACUGUUUUGUCUAUUUCAACGACGACUUCUUAUUGUUCCGCGAAACGCCAGUUUCUUAUUUCUUUAAGAAAGGAAAGAUUCAAAGAUAUCACGCGAACGAUUAUGGCUCGAAAUAUUUUGCAGCAAGACAAAAGUGGGACAACUCGACGUUUUACACGAACAAAAUGCUCAACAAAAAAUUUGGGAAAAUGAUGUGGAGACCGCACUUAUUACCGUCACAUGUAGCAUAUACCAUGCUUAAAACUUCUCUACUAGAAAUGGAAAGAGUCUUUCAAGACGAAUACGAAAAACAACAAAUGAGAAAAUUUCGAGAGUGGAACUCAAUAAAUGUUAUGCAUUUGGCAUUGCACUAUUUGUACUACACAGGAAAGGCAGAUAUGAUAAAACAGAGAGAUUGGAGUUGCUAUAUGGCGCUUACUAUGGACCACUUUAAAAAUCAAAAGGCGAUAUUUAAAAUUAACCAGACAGAGCCAUACGCUAUUUGUGUAAAUGACGAGAUGAAAGAAUUUGAAAAAGAUGUCGAGAAAGGAAACACUGAAAUUAGAUAUGUCUUGAGAUGGUUGCAACGAAGUUUACCAGAAAAAAUGCCAUUUGAAAAAGGAUUUGGAGGAGACUAG